ACCAAUUACAGAGACUAUCCAUCGAAUGUCCCAGUCAGCCAAAGAAGAAUGUGAAAGCAUUUGCAUCAUCAGAUAGUCUAGCCAAGGUCCAAGAAGUAGCAAGCUGGCUUUUGGAAAUGAAUCAGGAACUGCUGUCUGUGGGCAGCAAGAGGCGACGAACUGGAGCGUCUCUUAGAGGUAAUGCUUCCUCAAGCCAAGUAGAUGAGGAGCAGAUGAAUCGAGUUGUGGAGGAGGAGCAGCAGCAGCAGUUACAACAACAAGAGGAGGAGCACAUUGCAAGGAAUGGGGAAAUAGGUGGAGCAGAGUCUGGACUUGGUGACAGAAUUGAAUCCCAGCAAGAACAGUUAGAAGAAAACAACAAUAGGCUUAUUGCAGUGGAUGAAGAAUCCACUGGUAACCAAGAGGAGGAGGAGGAAGAAGAGGAAGAACAUGGUGAUGAACAAGAGGAGGAGGUGGAAGAAGAGGAGGAAAUGGACCAGGAGAGUGAUGAUUUUGAUCAGUCUGAUGACAGCAGCAGAGAAGAUGAACACAGUAAUAGUAAUAGUGUCACAAAUUCAAAUAGUAUCAUGGAUUUGCCCAUAAACCAGUCAUCUCAAUUCUACAUAAAGACAAAGCGCAGUGUGAUGAGGAAUGACAUAACCACCUAUACUCAACCAUUUUGAACUCUGUGCUGAACAUACAGUAUCCCUCCACCCAAAAAGCAUUUAAACUUGCUUGAUCAGUAAGUUCAGAAUUCGUAAUACAACUAUGUAAACAACAAUACUCAAUAUACAUGCAUGCACACAGAGCAAGAGAUAGUGGUUAAUGGUCUUUACUUUUGCUGCUUUUUCAGUUUUUUCAUAAUGAAUAAAAUCUUUAUUUUUUUUUAAACAAGACUCACUUGCUGUAAGUAAGAUUCUGGUGUUUGGAAAGCAUGCAUAGUUAGCAUUUUUUCUGUAUUGUCGGAUAGCCACUUUGCAUUUUGAUUCCAUUACUAAGACUGGAACAGCACAGCAAGAAAAAUUAAUUUUGGCUAACCUGUUUUUAAAUCAUCUAAGUUUAAAAAUACAAACCUCUUCUGUGUAACAAAACACUGCAGAAGUUCUGCAAAAAGUUAAAUGUUGUAUCACACUCAGUUGAUGACAGAACUUGAACAAUUACUAUCUGAAGCAGGGUUGUAGAAGGCUAAAAAAUUGACAUGUUUAUAUGGAAUAGCAUUUUUGAGACAAGUACAGUAUUUGUGGACUCUUAUUAACUCUAGUAAGUGCGAUUUCUGGCUCUGACUAUUGUAAAUUGAAAUCAAGUGGUAUAUCGUGUGAAAAGAAUAUCAUUCAAGUCAGAUAACUUUUUUCAUACAAAUAGUCUCAAAAAGUUAAAAUGAUAUAUUUUUACAUCUUCACAUAUGCUUUUCUGGGCUCAUUAGGGUCUGAUGAUGUAGUCUGAUUAUUUUCUGCUUCUGGUCAGAUUACCUAGCUCCUUAAAUGUAAAUUAUUUGUACAUUAAUUUAACUUGUUUUGUACUACCACCCUCAGGAGAAACAAUGUGUGCAAUCUGCAGUAUACGUCUAAGAAUCAACCAUAAGUUUCUGUCUGGUUUUAGCUGAAACUUAAAAAGUGUAUUCAUUUUUGGUUUUAGUUUUGCAGUAAUGUUAUCUUUAUUUUUUUAAAAUCUCUACUGGAGUGGUAAACUUUCUCAUUGUGCCAUUGGUAAUGUAGCAGAAAAUUUGUUACCUUCCUUGUCCAGAAGCUCAUAUAAAAGUAUGUCUGGUCAUUCUGUACUAACUACCACUAUUUGCUGGCCCCAAGGAGCAUUUUUUUUAUUUUUUAUUUUUUUUUAAAGUCUUAAGACUGUUGUAGAACUCUUUCCUUCCUAGGUAAAAUCAGAAAACGUGUAAAGUAACACUUAUAUUUCAUGAUAAUAGUUAUGGCAUCUGUUUGAUAACUAAACAACUACUAUUGCCAAACAAAUGCUCAUCUAAUUAUUAUUAUGAAUGCAGUUUAUUACAGCUAAUCUCAGGAGUGUACAUCCACCAAUCUAGAACAACUACUAGGUUGGUCCUGUCUUCUGUAGCAGGGUAGGCAACAUGUGCAACAUUUUUCUUUCUGCAAAGAUAACAAGUAGCACCCAAUAUACUACUACCAAUAUACCCGUAUUGUUCAGCUUAUAUUAACUGUCGGACCUCAUUUUUAAAUCCUUUUUAUUUCUGUUCCCUUUUUUUUAACUUAAACUGUUGAGUGAAGUCUCUAACCUGAUUUUUUUUUUCUUGUCUUGCGGGAUCCUGUGACAUUAAGGAAAGCUCCCUCAAGAUUCCCAUGUAAAGACAUAAUAUAUCCUAGUUAUGCUUGCCAACGAAUGUCUAGUUAUGCUCGCUCCUAAUAUUACUCUUCCAUAUAAGAAAUUGCUGUAGUUUUACAGGGAUGUUUUGAAAUUGCAAUGAGUAAAGGAGGUGGUUUAUGUGAUUGUGAAUGGGAGGGAAAUUGGUUCUUCAUACACUUACCUAAUUUGAUCUAUGUUGUGAAAAAAAAUUGACUGUUCACACAGCUGAGACCUGUCAACCUGAUUCUACCAAAUAUGGCCACAAAUCUCCAUUAUGGAAAACAGAAAAUAAACUCUCCUAUGCCAAAGGUAGGAGGUGUUGGGGGAGAUGUGUGUCUCUACAAAAGGCCCCCAAGGCAGGUACAGUGAUUAAGAUGUGUAGUUUCUCUGUCUGUCCCCACUCCUGAGAAAACGCCAUCACAGGAUGACUGUGACAGUACAGUGACCCCGUUUUAAGACUCCUGUUUGAGCUCAAUAAUGCAGUGAAUUAAGGUUCCUGGCACAAGGUUUGGUUCUUGGGCCACAGGAAAUUGUUCCCAGGUUGUUGAGUAGGAGGCAGGUGAAUGGCAGCCUCUCUACAUUAAGGAGCAUGCCCUUUCUUUGUAGGCAGAUAUCGGCUUGAAUUUUGGUGUCAUUUUAUUCUUUUCACACCAGUGUCCUCUUUUCCAAAUGGAACUUCAGUAGCCAUUUCUCACAUGCCCACACAAGUGGAGGUUUUGCCCAACACUGCUCCUUUGCAGGGAUAGAGUUCCAAAUAGCAUUGUUGGCUGUUCUUCCCCAUCCUGUGGGAUGCAAAAGGACUCAAAUUUUGAAAUCCAGGUAAAUAAGCCUUCAGAGAGCUGGGGAAUUUUUAGACAGCAAGCGGUGGUUUUUUCUCUCACUGCCUUUUACGAAAUGGAAACCUAUCCCAUCUAUUCUAUAGACUCAAAUGACAGGAAGCUGUCAUCUACUAUUGGAUAUUAAAGAAAUGAUUAUGCUCUUGUCAAGACCUUCUUUUCACAUAACAGCAGUUUCAUGGUUUGGCUUGCCGGAAGUUUUCCUAAGAGAGUUGUUCAUAGGCUUGGCAGACCAUCAGUUGCUUAUUUCAACAUUCCUAGUCUUCCUUCUCACCAAAAUAUGCCUGAGGUUCCACAGUAUUGAGGUUUUCACAUGAGGGUGGCUAAUGGGGAUCCUAGGUGCAGCACUUUAACAGAAAGGUGUAUGUCUGCACCUGUACUUGGAUAACAGGCUAAUGUGAACUUCCUAAAAAUCAGAAGCCAGGUCUGCAACUGAAAAGAUUCAAGAAUAUGGAGACAUGGGUGAGUCAGCAAUCAUGAAGAACACUUUGACUUCCUUCCAGAAAUUAAUAUAGUUGAGGGUUUGCCUUAUUAUUGAAGUGGUCAAGAUGUUUCUAUCAAAUACAACAAUGACAAAGUUCAGGGAGUGGAUUACUAUUUUUAUAGACUUAUUGAGUCCUACUGUGGGAGUAUAUCCAGAUUCUGGGUUCUGAGGUAGCAUAUCAGGACAUAAAUCAGUGAGUGUGUUCUUUCUAAUGAGUUAUUGGUGUCCGAGACUACUCUACCUUGGUUACUCCUUGUCCCUCCAGAAUUAAGGAGAAAACCUUUUCAAGAUGGAAACUCUCCAGGAAGAUACCAGAAAACUUUUAUAGUUUUUGUGUGUGAGUGUGUGUUUUGUGAAUCUAAAGGAUAUGCUCAGAUAACUGUGUACAGUAUCAAUAUAACCCAGCAAAUCCCAAAUACGUGCAUUUUGGCUUCUCUAUCCCAUGUGUGGAGUUAAAAGUGCAUUCUGAUCCUCCAUUAUUUGAGCAGUUUUCUGGUCCAUGUUCUCUUGAAGAAUUAGCUCAGCCAGAUGUAUGUAGUUCUUCAGCACAAUGACUCUACUACCAAAUGUUGAUUUUUCUGUGGUGGGAUCAUCCUUAGAUUAAACUGGGUUUUUGUUUGUUUUAUGCCAACCUACAUAUAUUGCCCCAGACACCAGGAGCAGAGUAUUUGGCAAAUGAGUGAGUGUGCACUCUCUCCUCUUCCUUUGUUCUUAGAAGACCAGACAGAAAUUCAUUGUCCAGAUUGGCACCAGAGUUUUCUAUUCUUCUAGAGGCUUCAUUCAGGGAAACAUUGAGAUCCCUACAGUUAUGGACUCCUACACUUGAAAUGGCCAGCCUUAACCUGACUAGAGGUUGAUAGGAUAGAUUUUUAAAUAAUCUCAGGGCAGAUUCUCAGCUGGUGUAAAUUGUAGCACUAGUGACUUGAAUGGAGCUGUGAUAAUUUGUUAUACUGAGGAUCACCUCCCAGCCCCUGGACUUUAAAUAUCUGCCUUAGGAACUUUGAGCAAGGCUUGCAAAGAUUUCAUUCAGCCCUAAAGAGACUCAAGCCUUUGGAGACCUAGGUUCUAUUUGCAGGUCAGACAAAAUUAUCCCAUAGUGGAGAGAAUAUUGGUUUCAAGCUGGUACAGGAAGCUUGUAAAUGAAAUUAAACAUCUGUUAUGCUAAUGUGAAAUUCUGACAAUUAUUUUCAGUACUUUUGCAGGAUUUUUGUGGAUGGAUAGAAUUAUUUUUAAAAAGAGAAAAAAAAAUUAAUCUGUUGUAGUGAAAAGUACUGUGAGUGUGGUGUGUAUAUGGGAUCUGUUGUGUGACACUCCAAAUAUGGGUAGAAAAUCAAAAGGGAAAACUAAAAUGUUUGUGGAGAGAUGGGGAAUCAAGGAUUAAUUACAGAAAUAAUCCUUGAGAAAUUGGUUCUUUGUUUAUGUACAAGAAGUAGACAUAAUCAAGGAAACCAACUCUUUAAAUGUUUGCAGUAUGUGUAUAUUAUUUUAACAUCACUUUCUAUUUUUUAUGUUGUUGAACACCAGAGGGCGCAAUCAGAUGCUUUAUGACUGUGCUUUCUGCUGGAAGCUGUUUAAUGUGUCUUGAUAAAUGGGUUUUCCUCUGCAUUGCUGCUAACAAUUAAAAGUACCAUUUUUAACCCAGAAAUAAAUGUUUGUCAUACACAACACUGCUUUUGGUUUUAAUCUGUGCAGAAGGGUGUUUUCCAGCAUAAGGAAAUCUAUUCCUGCAUCUUUUUUUUUAAAUAAAGUGUGCGCUUAAAGCACUUUCCAGCUGGCUUGUGGAGUAGGACUUUAAUGUGUUUGUUUUUUUCCCCUGGAGUACAAAAAGUACAAAGUGAA